AUGAGGAACGGUGGUGCUGUCCGCGGCUACUUUCUAACCUCAUCUAACCGUUCCACCACAGAAUCAAUGAGGUGGGCACUUGCGCUUUUCGCGCAAAUACCACGAUUUCUUGGACUUCAGCAUACACGCCUCUUCGGACAAGCAAGACGAGUGUCUGCUCGUCCCUCAGCACUCGUAGAUCCGGCAUGGGUCCUGAGGCGCAUGCCGCAUGUAUCAAUUCUAGAUGCGUCUUGGUACAUGCCAAAGCUAAACCGUGACCCAAAUACCGAAUUUAUCGACGAGCGCAUACCGGAAGGCGCUCGGCGGUUUGACAUUGAUGGCCCGGGUCUUGCGGACCUAAACAGCGAUCUACCUCACAUGCUGCCUUCGCCAGAGGACUUCACAGACGCUGUCACCAAACUUGGAAUCCGGAGAAACGUGCCGGUUGUUAUUUACGCGAAAAAGGGCUUUGUGGGGGCCGCGCGCGCAUGGUGGAUGUUCCGCGUCUUCGGGAAGAAUGACGUAUUCCUUCUAAAUGGAGGUCUUGAAAGUUGGAAAGCAGAGGGCCACGAGGUUGCAACUGGACCACCCGCACCCACGAUGGAGCCGCUUAUAGAAACUGAAACGCCGAUGGUGGCGACGAAAAAUGAGCAAUUAGUCAAAUCAAUGCAAGAUAUGCACACACUAAUCAAAGAAAACAGUGGUGUCAUCAUUGAUGCCCGGUCCAAGGGCCGCUUUGAAGGCACUGCUCCAGAGCCCAGGGAAGGGCUCAUGGGCGGGCACAUGCCUGGCUCGUUUUCUCAGCCGUGCGACCAGCUUACAAGCGCAGAUGGCAAGCUUUUAUCAGUGUCUGAGCUUCGGACCGUACUGGCAGAGAACGGCAUUGACAACAGCAUUCUGACAAAAUCACCCAUUGCACUAACAUGUGGGAGUGGUGUCACAGCAGCGAUCGAUUGCGUUGCACUUUACGAGCUCGGUUUCGAUGCGGCUGUGUAUGAUGGGAGCUGGAGCGAAUACGGCAGCCAUCACGAGAACCCCGUCAACAAGAAGUGAAGCACUCGUGGCACAAUGUGUAUUGAUUUUCGCUUUCUCAUUCAACGUCGUAGCCUGUCGCUUCGUCAAACUUGAGUUCCGAAAGCUUGUCUCGUUUAACUUUGCGACGCUGCAAAGCUUCCAAGCUAAAAUCUUCUUCUUCCUCUUCAACCCGCUGAUCCUCCUACUCUCUCUCUCUCACGAUGCAGUGCCAAGUAAUCACUCUGCCAAGUCAACGUCGUAGCCCCUUGAUUCGUCAAAUUUAAGUUGAGAAAGCUUUCCUCUUUUGACCUUCCGAAGCUGCGAAGCUUCCAAACUAAAAUCUUCUUCCUCCU